AUGACGAAGGUGAUGAGUAUGAGACACUCAUGCCACAGUGUAGCGUGGUUGUCUCAUAUCAUUGUUCUCCCGCACCCCACCAGGACCUUCCUGAACCCUCUACAUAGAACACAACCACAACGCAACUUGACCGAGUUCAACACUCCCAAGUUGACGGAGUUCAACACUCCCGAGUUGACGGAGUUCAACACACACAUGUUGACGGAGUUCAACACACACAAGUUGAUGGAGUUCAACACACACAAGUUGAUGGAGUUCAACACACACAAGUUGAUGGAGUUCAACACACACAAGUUGAUGGAGUUCAACACGCACAAGUUGAUGAAGUUCAAGACACACAAGUUGAUGGAGUUCAACACACACAAGUUGAUGGAGUUCAACACACACAAGUUGACGGAGUUCAACACACACAAGUUGAUGGAGUUCAACACACACAAGUUGACGGAGUUCAACACACACAAGUUGACGGAGUUCAACACACACAAGUUGACGGAGCUCAACAUUGACAAGUUGACGGAGCUCAACAUUGACAAGUUGACGGAGUUCAACACUCCCAAGUUGACGGAGUUCAACACUCCCAAGUUGACGGAGUUCAACACUCCCAAGUUGACAGAGUUCAACAAUCCCAAGUUGAUGGAGUUCAACACUCCCAAGUUGACAGAGUUCAACAAUCCCAAGUUGAUGGAGUUCAACACUCCCAAGUUGACGGAGUUCAACACUCCCAAGUUGACAGAGUUCAACAAUCCCAAGUUGAUGGAGUUCAACACUCCCAAGUUGACGGAGUUCAACACUCCCAAGUUGAUGGAGUUCAACACUCCCAAGUUGACGGAGUUCAACACUCCCAAGUUGACAGAGUUCAACAAUCCCAAGUUGAUGGAGUUCAACACUCCCAAGUUGACGGAGUUCAACACUCCCAAGUUGACAGAGUUCAACAAUCCCAAGUUGACGGAGUUCAACACUCCCAAGUUGACGGAGUUCAACACUCCCAAGUUGAUGGAGUUCAACACUCCCAAGUUGACGGAGUUCAACACUCCCAAGUUAACAGAGUUCAACAAUCCCAAGUUGAUGGAGUUCAACACUCCCAAGUUGACGGAGUUCAACACUCCCAAGUUGACAGAGUUCAACACUCCCAAGUUGACGGAGUUCAACACUCCCAAGUUGACGGAGCUCAACACUCCCAAGUUGACGGAGUUCAACACACACAAGUUGACGGAGCUCAACAUUGACAAGUUGACGGAGCUCAACAUUGACAAGUUGACGGAGUUCAACACUCCCAAGUUGACGGAGUUCAACACUCCCAAGUUGACGGAGCUCAACACUCCCAAGUUGACGGAGUUCAACACACACAAGUUGACGAAGCUCAAUACACAGAAGUUGACGGAGCUCAACACACACAAGUUGACGGAGCUCAAUACUGACAAGUUGACGGAGCUCAACACAGGGGCCUCGUAG